GAAAAAAAACAUGUAAAACUAUAAUAAUUUCCUAUCCUUAGUUUAUCCUCCAUGUGUAAAAGGAUGUUUAUGCAUUGGAACUUUGUUUUUUUCUUUUCUCUCCUUUGUCUCCUUUUAUUCAAAUUUGAUUUAAGGAUCAUCGUCGUCAUGAUGUUAGAUUUCUGCAAUAGCAGUCUUUUGCAGAUAAAUCUUCUAUUACUCCCUCCUUGUUUUCUGGAUGUAUCUUUUAUACAACUCAAUGUCGCAAAAAGAAUCCUUUUUUUUCAAUUGCGCCAGUAGUCUUGCAUAAACUUUGAUAAAAGAGGAGGAAACACUUCUCCUUCCUCUCUCCCACAAAAAAAAA